AUGUCAUAUAUUGAUAUAUGUAAAACUUGCUUUAAAUCUACUGGCAUACAGUCCUUACUUUUGGAUGAUGGGCUUGACGUUUUAGGUGGUCUUAUGGAUGUACAAAGUCAUGUAGGAUUGGUUGACGUAGUGCGAAGAAUCGUGAGAAUCGAAAGUAUUGCAGAAAAGAUCUUGUAUUAUUUAGCAACAUCCAAUCAAAAAAUAUUGAAUUUCUCAGCAUUCGAAGAAUCAUUGAAAAAGCAAUUUGAAAUUUAUGCAAAAUCUGAAUCGGUGGCGGCCUUCAAAAGUAUUGCUGUUUAUAGGUCAGGAUUGAAUAUCGACUGUGUUCCAAUUCCUGAAGCUACUGUAAUUGCAUUAGGAAACUUUAUUUCGGAUUUUGAGUCUUUACCUGAUAAGAAAAGAUCUGUUAAACUUAUCAAUAAAGUUCUAAUUGAUCACAUAUUUAACUUGGCAAUCGACAUCGCUGUCCAGCACGAUAUUCCUAUUCAAUUUCAUACAGGCAUGCUACAGAAAUAUUGUAUGUUUGUUUUUAAACAGAAUCUUAUCGAUUAUGAAAUAUCUUACUAUAUUGACCUAGGAUUUGGUGAUUCUGACCUUGAUUUGAUUACAUCUAAUCCACUUUUGUUACGACCUUUGAUUGAAAAAUAUCCAAAUGUAAAGUUUGUUCUUUUGCGUGCGGCGUAUCCUUACACCCGCCAGGCGGGAUAUCUUGCUUCAAUAUAUUCCAAUGUGUAUGUUGACAUAGGCCUUGUUUUCCCUUUAAUUUCCGCAUCUGGCCAGCAAGCCAGUUUACGUGAGCUGUUGGAGAUUUGUCCAAGUAAUAAAAUAUUAUUUAGUACAGAUGGUCGUUACCAUCCAGAAUCUUUCUAUGUCGCUGCAAUUCAAGGAAGAGAGGCUUUAAGCAAGGUUUUAUUGGAAUCUGUAGAAAAUGGUGAAUUUUCAUAUGAAGAAGCAAUAAAAGUCGCCAAACAGAUUAUGUUCGAGAAUUCCAAUACACUGUAUAAUCUCAAAUUAACACCAAAACAGAUCGAUAGUGAAGAAUAUAAAGAUGUUCCAGGAGAACGAAGAAUUGUUAAAUUAAAAAAAAUGGGUGUGGAAUUUGUUCGUAUCGGCUUUAUGGAAUGUUCUAAUCAAUAUAGAUUUCAUAUCGUUCCCAUUGAUCGUUUCCAAAACUAUAUUAUUAACAGUGGGCUGACAAAUAUGCGGGCAAACACAGCUUCCCUUUAUUAUGGAGAUGUACUUCCAGAAAAUAUUGGUGUCAAUGAAGUUGGAGAAUUAUUAUUGAAACCUGACCUUAGUACACUCAUACAUUUACCUUAUAAUCCUAAACACGCAAAUGUCCAUGUUUUCUUUGAAAAUAAAUUGACACCGGUAGACCCUCAAUUUGGAAAGAUUGAUAAUUCACCUAAUUCUUUGGCUUUCCCGCUUUGCCCUAGAACUUGUCUUGAAAAUAUUACUGAAUCUGCCUGUAAGGAUCUUGGUAUCACUUUUUUGAUUGGAACAGAAUUUGAGUUCGUCUUACUUAAAGAUACCAUACUUCCGGUGCCUGUUGAUGAUACAGUUUAUGCGGCGGCUAAUUCUUUUCAUAUCUCUAAUUCAUCUGAAAUCCUGGAUAGGGUGGUUGAGUCUUUGCAAGAGCAAGGGAUCGAAGUCGAACAAUUUCAUUCUGAUGGACUAGGCAAAUUUGAAAUCGUCACCACACCAGAAAGUCCAUUGAUUGCAGCAGACAAAGUUGUUGUAACACGUCAAACAAUAUAUGAUGUUGCCGCUCAAGCUGGUGUAAAAGCAACGUUUGUACCUAAACCCUUUAAGGAACAAGUGGGAAUUAGUGCACACGUGCAUUUAUCUUUCAAAGAAAUUGACAAGUCCCAGAAAAUUGCUGGCGAUCACCCUUCAGGACUAUCUCCCUAUGAGAGAUCAUUCAUUGCUGGUAUGCUGCAUCACAUAAAGGCAAUUUGUGCUUUUGCUUUGCCGACAGACCUCUCUUAUACGCGCAUUGUUGAUAACUGCUGUGCUGGAACUUGGAUCUGUUGGGGUAUUGAGAAUUGUGAAACACCAAUUAGAGUAUGUUAUAGACCAAAGACUGGUCCUAAUGGAAAGUAUCUUGAUGUUCAUUCCGAAUACAAAUUUGUAGACGGUACUUCCAACCCGUACUUGGUCUUUUCUGCCCUUAUUGCUUCAGGAGUCGAUGGAAUUAAGAAAGGAAUGCAGCUUACUACUAAUCCCAUAUUCUACAAUCCUGCUUCUCUAAGCAAUGAAGAACGUAUAGAAAAAGGUGUUACUGAAAGAAUGCCUGCAAGUCUAACGGAUACAUUGAAAGCAUUAAAGGAAGACAAAACACUGAUUGACGCUUUAGGUGAGCCCAUGGUACGAUGCUAUACCGGAGUAAAGGAGGUAACGUAUAUAAAAUACUCUAAUUUGUGA